UAAGCGAGCUGCAUGAUGAUCGUUUCGAUUGUUCUUUUUAUUUUCUCUGUAUUGUGACUGUUACUGACGUGUUUCUGACGUCUUAAUCUUUUUCCCAUUUCUAAACGGUGAAUUUUCCGCCGUUUCUCCUGUUGCCAAUUCGUGAUGCCCAAAUGAACAACAUUCAUCAAUUUGGAAUAAAGCCGACUUAUUCUCCAGGCUUGGUACCGUCUGCCCCACUCUACUAUAGCGCGAGUCCAAUGGACGGUCAACCACACAACGCCUUUUCGCCAGGUUUCUCAAGCGAUAAAAUACCGCCCAGUGAAGUGGCUGCCUAUAAACGCCAGUCGGAUGGGCCGAUUUUAUGGUUUGCAGCUCCACCUGUGAAUGUGACGCCUGUACGUGGUCCUGUUCAUUCAAUGGAAUAUUUGCGAUACAAAAACUCCCGAUAAGGAGUUUGGUUUCAAUUCUCUGCUUUGUUCCAAUAUUUUGGGCGAUUUUUAUUUUUUAUUUGGUUGUUUAUCCGAGGAUGUAGGAACUAAUGGGGGG